AUGGUGUGUAGGAAGGUGAGCGAGGUGAGCGCACCACCCCUCCAGGCGGUGUCGUCUCCCCUCUUUGACCGCACCCGCCCUCCAGCCGGUGUCGUCACCCCCCUCCCCCCUCCUCUCCCCCCCCCCCCUCCUUCCGUCAUGGCGGACGACUCUAUUCCCAUUGAGCUCGGAGCUAUCGACAAGCUCGGAGCUAUCGACAAGCUCGAGCUUCUUCAUGACACAACCGCUGUGAACUGGGCGUCGUUCGAGGAUUCGCUCCACACCCACCUUGGCUCCCUCAUCAUUCAGGACUACUGUCUGCUUGACAUAGACCUUGAGCAUCCUAACGGCCUUCCACCUGUCCCUCCCCCUCUUCUUGAACCUCCUCCUCCCGACGCCCCUCCACCCCUAGAGCCUCACUCUGAUCCCCCCCGUGCCCCAAUUCAUGAUGACAAUCCAGAUCGAUGGGCGGCCAACUUGAACAACUACAACAAGCUUCGCGACGCCUACACCAUCCAGCGUGAGGCGCACUGUGCUGCUGAGAAGGCUCACGCUGAUGCUACUGCGCACAUCCUAUCCUACACACAGGAUGAAAGAGACUAUGCUGAGGAACUUCGCAAGUUCAACAAGGAUACUGCAGCAUGGCGAGACCUUCGCUCUCUCCUUACCCUAUUUCGCAAGUUUCAAGAUACCACUCUGGACUCAUCCCCCACUGCUGCCGCUUUCACUCGCCGCCUCAUUGACACCGCACAGCGUCUCAACAACCGUGGCAUUGUCAUCCAUGAAUCGCUUCUCACUGCACGCAUCCUUGACUACCUUCCACCCACAUACGAUACCUACCGCAUCACCUUUACCUCCCGCUACCGCCAUCCUCCUCCUGUAGCUGACACAAUCGACUGGCUCCUUGACAGCGAAGCGGACAUCCAACGUGACUCCACGACCAUCAAUGCUGUCCAGACUCGUAAAACUCCCGCAAGCAACCACAGCAGCGGCGGAGGUGGCGGCUCAGGCGGUACUGGCAGUGGCGGUGGUGGACGUGGUGGUGGGCGAGGCGGUGGACGCGGUGGUGGUCGUGGUGGCGGCCGUGGUGGGCGCGGCAAGAACCCCUCUCCUUCGGGUACCCUUCCCCCGUGUCAGUACAUCAUUCGCUAUAACUCCAACAAAGGUCAACCCUGCGCUCAAACCACUCACACCACUGACACGUGCUUCAAAGCCCUCACUGACGAGUGGUUUGCACGUGGCAAUGUCGGCACCCCACCUAGAUGGAACACCACAUUUCCGCGCCCCUCUCUCCAUGACAUACGCACUCACACCAUCUUCACAAUGUCCUCACUAAGCAUCUCCCGCCUCAUAUUCUCCAGCAGGUUCAACAUCUUCUCCUUUCAUCUCCUCCCACUCCCACACCUUCCAUCCCCCCUCCAACCACACUUCCUCUUCAAGUCCCUCCCCCCCACUACCCUUCACCCUAUACUGGCUGGCCAUACCCUCUCUAUCCACCUCCUCCAUACGGCCCUGUUCCCACACCAGCCGUGCUCCCGUCUCCCUGCCCUUCACGGCAACUUAGCGCAGCAGAGAGGCAUUGCAGCUGUCUCCUCGCCCCGACCCUCGACGCAGCAGAGCAGCAGUGCAGCCGUGUUCCCGCCCCAGCUUGACCCUCCAGCGCAGCUGUCUUGCAUCUUCACCGCCUCCUCUUCCUCCUCCUCUCUCUCCGGACCUCUAUGA